CUGAGGAAUGUGAGAGGAGCUCUGCGUAAUGCGCCGAAGCUCCAGUUGCGUGCCAUUACCACUUGACAUAUUCUUCGCACAUGACACAGAGCGCAGCAUGCAGGCGUACAGUAUCACGAUCAGAUGACACUAGCACGUGUUGGUAUAUCUCGCUGGCUCCAGUCCAAAAUUAAUCCAGGAUUACACUCUAACACAGAGAGAACUCAAUGACUAAUAAACGCAGCUGACGGGGGCUUCAACAGCCGAAGACUUUUGAGAAAAGACCAUCAGCAGACUAUAAAAAGGAAACAGAAGACACAGACGAGAUCCAAAACCAAAUCAAAAGAAUGCGGUCUAAAGGAGCGUUGGUGUUUGUGUUACUGGGCGCGUUAACAGCUUACUACGUUUAUUCUCCAAUCCCGAAUAACAUAGAGGAGCGAUGGAAACUCAUGCUCACUGACUCGUUCUUCAGGAGUUUAAUCCAGUUGGCAGAACUGAGCGAGUGGAUGGGACUGUUGCACUACAUGAAAGUUAUGAUGUUCAUCACCAUUGCAGAGCGAGUAGUGCCUGUGUCAGAUGAGAGGGUGCAGGUGUCAGAUGAGAAUUUUGAUGGGGUAGAGGUGAUUGUGUACCAGCCAACCCAGCAACAAGAAUCAGGAGAGCCAAGAAGGGCCAUUAUUUACCUGCAUGGAGGAGGAUGGUGUCUUGGCAGCUCCCGUAUGGGCCCAUAUGAUCUACUAGCCAGACACAUGGUUACAGAGCUCAACGCAGUUAUUGUAUCUGUAGAGUAUCGUCUUGCCCCAGCUUAUCAUUUUCCUGCCCAGUUUGAGGAUGUGUACCGUGUGGUGAAGUUCAUCUUUCGUGUUGAUGUUCUGAAGGGCUACCAUAUCAAUCCAGAACGGAUUGCUGUGUCAGGAGACAGUGCAGGAGGCAACCUUGCAGCUGCAGUGGCUCAGCAGUUGCAGAAGGACCCAGAACAGCAUAUCCAGCUAAAGGCCCAAGCUCUAAUCUACCCUGUUCUGCAAGCCUUGGAUCUGAACACUCCCUCCUACCAGCAGAACCAGCACAUGCCUAUACUGCCUCGCACACUGAUGGUGAGGUUUUGGAGCGAGUACUUCACCAGCGACAAGUCGUUUUUGAGAGCCAUGAUGGCAAACAGACACAAUAACCAUGAAUCAGGUGCUUUGCUUAAGUUUGUCAAUUGGAGUUCAUAUUUACCCGAUUCAUAUCGCCAGACGUACAACUACAGCGCUCCACCCGUGGUCACCGGAAAAAGUUCAGUGCACUCUAUUGGUCCUCAUCACUUGCUUGCAGAUCCACGAGCCUCGCCAUUGCUGGUGCCUGACACAGCCUUGCGUUUACUGCCUAAGGCGUAUGUGUUGACCUGUGAAUAUGAUGUACUGCGGGAUGACGGCUUGAUGUAUGUCACACGCUUGCGUAAUGCUGGAGUUGAUGUCACACAUGAACAUUACCCCGGUGGAUUUCAUGGUGCACUAAUGUUCACUACGUGGCCCACAGACUUUGAUAUUGGACACAGAAUGAUGGACAACUUUGUAUCAUGGCUUAAGCAAAAUCUAUAAAAAUUAAUGUAGAGUGCAGCAGUGCUUUAUGCAUCAGUUUUGGCUGACUGGUUCAUAAGUUUUGUCUUAUUUAUUUCAUUGGUUUUGUUUUUUUCCUGUUGUUUACAGUGCACCACUUUUUAAUAUUAAAAAGGGCACACUUUUGAUUGUAUUAAUCCAAUAUGGUACAAACAUUCCUAUUAUGACCAAACCUGGUCUUAAGAAACACUGGUCUGUAUUAUUUUCUAAUCGGUUAACUAUGUAUAUGUUACUAAUGAAGUUGUUCAACAAGUUAACAUGAUAUUAAUAGUGUUUUAUUUUAUGAUUAUUUUUAUUUCAGCCUAUUGCAAUUAUCACUGACUGCUUGAUGUUUUGAAAGGUUUGGUUUGAUAUGCAGUAAACUGUCUGAUGAAGUUCCAGGUUCACUGAAUUCUUAUCUUAAAUGGUGAGAAGAUGAGAUCAAAGUAAGAUCAAGUCUUCAGUAGGUACAAGUAAUUUGCUUCUGAGAACUGAGAAAUGGCAUGACACAAUGGCUUGAAGCUGCAGUUCUUUUGCUCUUCCUAAACAAAUUAAAGUGCCUCACUGAAAGAUGGAAAAAUGGUAUGGAGCAAUCAUUUUUCAGAACCAUGAUGGCAAACAAACACAAUAUCCCUGGAGCAAUUGCU